AUGCCCAACAAUCAGUCUGCGUUGGCGGCAUCCUUCACCAAUUUCCUCACCGUUUCAAUACACCAAAUCUUAUUCCUCCGUUCGGUCUAUCCGCGAGCGACUUUCUUGCCCGUUCGGGCCUACAACUAUCCGGUCCGACAGUCCCGUCACCCGAAAGUGUGUGAUUAUAUCAAUGACGCGUCAAUUGCGGUCGGGACAGAGAUCUUAAAGGGCACAAUCACCGCAGUCAGUAUCAUCAUUUCAUCUCUCCGCACCAACCAGCCCCUCGAACGAUAUGCUUUUGAUCUGUCGGGUUUCCCCCGCGUCCCCGCUGGAGAGAUCAAUACCACCUUUGAAGAUAGAAAGGAAGAUUCAUCCAAACCAGGUGCCCCCUUAUCGGAUCGGGGUUCCGCUCCUCCGGCCGACCUCGAGGCACAGUUCCGUGCCUGUCUCGCCAGAUUGGCCUCCGCUUGCGCCCGAUUGACUCCGUUGCCCCGGGAUGACGAGUUUAGUUUCACAGUCUGUAUCGAAGUUCGGGAAGAUGCCCUGCCCCCUGCGGGUACCACAACAGAAGAACAGACUUGGAUUGUGGCCGAACCAGGCAAAGUUCAUCUCCGGUCGUGUACCGCACCGUAUUCCGUUUCCAGACUUCGAAACGGCGAGCCACAGCAGCCUCCCCCCAGAGUAUCGAACGGUCGUGCCAAAACGGUGCCUGUACGACGUGUAGAAGCCGAAAUUUAA